UCCAGAUUUUUCUAAAGAAUAUUAUCAGGUGCUACACGAGCACAAUUAAAUAAUCAAUGUCAUGAGAUUGACAAUCUGAUUAUAUUUGGUAAUGAGCAGUCACACUGGCAUUGAUCACACAAUAAUCACGUUUUAUUCUGUAUUCUUCUCCUAGCCGUCCCUUGCCGUCACUUGACUUGCCCACCACUUGUUCGUCAAUAUUCCCCCACUCGGCCGUCUUAUCAAAACCACACCUUUAACUCACUAAAAACGUUUCUUUGGAGGAACCCAAGUCAAUUUUUUCUUGAUCAUGGAACGUUGGUCUAGCAUCUUGAAGAUUCCCUUGAACGAUACUUCUAGUAACUACUACAGAGUUGCAGCUUCUCUCUGCCUCUCUCAGGAAGUUCCUUCUGCAAACGCUAUAUUCUUCCAUGGAGACAGAGUUCGAGACACUGGGAACCCUGUGAUAGAGAGGCUUUAUGAUUUGCAGAAAGUUCCUGAGGUUAUAGUUUCUAAAUUUGGAAACUCUGUUAACGCUCUGGUUGUUGAAGCUUCUGUCUUUAACGGACCCUUUGCUGUCUACAAGGACUUUGUUCCUUCAGUGAAUCGUUACGGAGAGCCAACAGCAUCUUAUUCUCCUAAUGGCUUCCCAGCUUCUUCAUCCAUUGUCUCCCUCUUAUCCACUUUCCUUCAAGAGGCAGAGAGCCUUGUUUCGAAGGAAGGUAAAGAUUUGUGCUUGAGAAGCUCGCUUGCACACUGUCCCAGAACCAUUCUUCUUGGGUUUAGCAAGGGUGGAGUUGUGAUAAACCAGUUUCUGAGUGAGAUGAGUUCUUUGGAUACAAACUCCGCGGGCGAGCAUGAAGAGGUUGGGAUCAUUCCAGCCUCCAAAGAAAGCUUCCUCAACAGCAUUUCUGAAGUUCAUUACAUAGAUGUAGGGCUGAACUCCUUUGGCGCCUACAUCACUGAUCAGAACGUCGUCCAGAGAAUCUCCCAACGCCUUACAGGAGGAGGAGGAGGAAGCUCGGUGAGUGUUUUCGUUCACGGGACUCCCAGGCAGUGGCGUGACGAGCAGCGUGGCUGGAUUGUAAAGGAGAAAGAUGAGCUGGUUCGGUUGCUGAAGUCUGAAGGUGAGAACUCUGGUGGGAAGCUGCAAGUCCAUGAUCGGUUCUAUUUUGCUGAUAGGCUUCCUGACUUGCAAAUGCACUUUGAGAUCAUUGAUGCUAUGGAUGUGUCGUCAGCAUGAUGAUGUCACUGUCUCAACGUAAUAUUUUUUAUACUUUCAAACUUUUAAUGAAUAACCGUUGCGGUGCUAGAUGAUGCAAUAAAGAGAACAGUAAAGAUGGUUUACUCAAACGAGAUAAAGCGUGAUACAAGUCU